UAACUUUUGAUGCUCCAUUUGUGUAGUUAAUGCAUACAAGCUCCACUAAUUUGAUGUGUCUUCCAACAGAAGAUGUCAGAGUGUUUUCAUGGGGCCGUGCUGACUAUGGUCAGUUAGGUUUGGGUGAUGAGGUUGUACAACUCAGCUUUUGUAGUGAACCAGCAGAGGUUGUGCUUGUCAGAGGAGCUAAUCAGGUUUUGUGUGGUGCUGAACACAACAUGGCUCUGUUAGAUUCUGGUUCAAUCAGGACUUGGGGUUGGAAUGAACAUGGAAUUUGUGGAAGAGAGAAUGAAACUAGAAAUAUUCAUCAACCGAGUGUGGUUUAUUAGCUGCAUGAUUAUAUCAGCUCUUUGAUCGGAUGUGGAGGAGGACACAGUUUUGCUGUUGUUAAGGGAUAGCAAUUUACCCACAGCUGAGAAGAAAUGUGUGGUCAUUCAAGUUGUUGAGCAUAGUCUGGAAGAUAUGGUGUCCAGUACCUGGUAUAGCAAUGGCUAGAGGUUGAUUUGGUGGAUUGGAUUCCUGCUGGUUGGAAGCACAAAGUAUAGGACCGAUUCUGUCUGUCAGUCAGUCUUUUUCUUGCGAGCAGGGU